AUGGUGUCAAAACGAAAACCCCUAGUCGUAAUUUUGGGAUGCACGGGAACUGGUAAAAGUGAUCUGGGUGUUGCAAUAGCCAAGAAUUUCAAUGGUGAAGUGAUCAGCGCUGAUUCUAUGCAGAUUUACAAAGGCCUUGACAUCGCUACAAAUAAAAUUACACCAGAAGAAAUGAAGGGUGUUGUGCACCAUAUGAUGAGCUUUGUUGAACCAUCAACAUCUACGUAUAAUGUACAUCAGUUUACUAAACAGGUAUUGUUAUUGCUGGAGAAACUUUGGCAUGCUGAAAAAUUACCUGUUGUCGUGGGUGGUACAGGAUACUAUAUUGAAAGAAUUUUGUUCAAACAUAAUCUAAUAUUUACAAAUACGUACGGUGCUGAUUCGUUUAUACUUGAUGAUAAAUAUGCCUUCGAAGACAUGUCUGAUGAUGAGGUUUAUGAACUGCUGAAACGUAUAGAUUUAAAAUCUGCUAUGCAGGUGCACAAAAAUAAUCGUUUCCGUGUUGUUCGUGCCUUACAAAUUUACUAUGCAACUGGACGACGUAAAAGCGAAUAUUUGGAGGAGCAAAAUCAAAAAUUAAAAUUGGGAGAAAGAUUACGGUUUCCGAAUUUGUUGCUCUGUAUUCUAGAUGCUCGUCCGGAUUUGCUAGAAAACAGACUGAGUGAGCGAACUGCUAGAAUGAUUGAAAGGGGAUUAAGAAAUGAAAUUGAAGAAUUUUAUGAACAGUAUCAGCAUUGUCUCACAAAACAUGGAAUAGCGCAGUCAAUUGCAGUUAAGGAAUUUCAUGAGUAUCUACAAUUAGAUCCGGAAAAGCGACACACUGAAUUAGGUGAUAAGUUAUUCACUAAGGGUUGUGAAGCACUGAAACUUCACACACUGCAAUAUUCACGAAGGCAAAGGCGAUGGAUUAAACACCAUUUUCUGCUCGGAAAUUCUGCAGAAGAAGUAAAAGCAUUAGUUUUUUUGCAAGUAAAGCAUUUGUGUAGGAAUUUGUGUCAUCUGCUCAAAAUAUUUCUAAAUUGUAAUGAUCUUUUCAUGUCUUCAAUUACUGUUUUCCAGUUACCAAACAUAAAGUUGUUGGAUACCUCAGAAAACUUUCAUGAAUGUGUGGUCCCAGAGACUCUUCGUGAAGUUGGACGAUUUUUGCAUACUGUUGAAAGUAGUACCGGGGUAGCAGAAAAUCAACAUGGCUUUGGAUUGGACCUAAAUUACCGGGAACUGGCUAAUCAGAUUUAUCACUGCGAGAGUUGCGGGAUUGAUGUUCAUGGUACAGUAAACUGGCAAGCGCAUUUGAAAGGAAAAAAACAUCAUAAAAUGCUGAAAAAGAACGAAAGCAGUGAGUUGAAAAAUUGA